AUGGUAACGUAACUGUCACUGUCAAAUGGUGUGAAAAAUGAGCCGAUUGUUGAUAAAAUAAAUUGUCCAAAAAUUAUAUAAACAUGGCUUUCUUUAGAGGAUGGCGAUAUGCAGCUUUCGUUUCUGGAUUUGUCGGAUUUAUUGGUCUUGCCCUAUAUCCGAUUGCUAUAGCUCCAAUGAUUGACCCAUCGGAGUAUAGAAAGAUUCAGAAAGAAGCUAGGAAGAAUAUCAGACAGGAAGACAUUCAACCUGGAAACAUGAAAAUAUGGACAGAUCCGUUUGGAAGGAAGAAGCCAGAGCGGGAAAGUGAUUAAAUAUCUUUGUAAAUAGUAUAAUUAGAGUAUUAUUAAUUUAUGGAUAAUAGAACAAAGUUGAUGAAUUGUUA